UCCAAGAUGGCGGCGGGCGGCGGCGGCUCCGCCGGUCCCGGGGCUCCCCCCGCCCGGGGCCGUUUUCCAGCCCGGCCACCUCGGGGUCCGACCCGGCCUCCCGCCGCCCCCCGUCACCGAAUUCCUUUAUGGGGAUCUUCAAUUUUAUCCGGUACCGGGAACGGUUCUGAUCCUGCGCUUCUUACUCUCUUCGGCCUAGUCGGAGGCCUCCGGCGUUUAAGGGCUCUGCUCGGGGCCUCCUCCCGCGGUCGGCGGCGGACGGAGGAAUUCCGGGGUUUUCUCCCCGAAGAGGUGACGACGCCCGGCCCCGCCCGCCGCUCCCAGCGAGGUACCCACCGGACCCCCGGCGCCGUCACCUCCCCCCCCCGCCGCCGCCGCCAUCGCCGCUGCCCCUCCCCCCAAGCUGGGGGCGGGGCUUCAGCCGCCCCGCCCCGCCCCCAACGGCCACGCCUUCAGCUCCGCCCCCCCGCCCGCCGCUUACGGGGGGGCCCCGUCGCCCCUCCCCCCCCUCGCUGGCCGCGGCGGGGGAGGGGAGGGCGGCGGCGGGGCGGGGCGGCGGGGGAGGGGACGGCGGCGUCAGCGGCAGCGUCAUCAUCGUCCGCGUCGCCCAGGCGAGGGAGGGGCGCGAUGACGUCACCGGCAUCCGGGACCCCUCCGGUGACGCGGGGCGGGGGGCGGCGGCGGCGGCGGCAGGGCACGAUCCUGGGGAGCCUGCGGCAGUUCGUUAUGCCCCUCGUUAGCGCCCGCUCCUCGCGGCCCAUCCGGCCCCCCCGCCGCUUCUCGACGGCCCCGCGCCCGCCGGUGACGUCACGGCGCCCUCCUGCGACGCCCCGCCGCUCGACAGCGGCGCCCGCGCGCCCGCCGGCGUCCCCCCAGCACCCGCGGGUGCCCCCCCAGCACCCACCGGCGUCACCCUGUCGCCCACCCGCGUCGCUGCGGCACCCGCCGGUGUCACCCCCCCGCUCAACGUCACCCCGGCACCCACCGGUGUCACCCAGCCGCCCGCCCGUGUCACGGCAGCACCCACGGGUGCCCCCCCGCAACUCAGCGUCCCCUCCCCGGCACCCGCGGGUGCUCCCCCCCCCCCCCACGGGCGACGUCCCCGCCCGCCGCCCCCCCUCCCCCUCCUCGCCGCCCCCCUCCCCCGCCCCGUCCCCUCCCCCCUCCCCCGCCGUGACGCGCGCGGCCCCCGCCCCCCGCCGGGCCAUCCUGCGCGAGGCCACCUUCCGCUGGACCUCCCUGCGCCGCGCCGCUGACAUCACCGGCGGCGGCCGUGACAUCACCGGGGGCGGCCCUGAUGUCACCAAGGGCGACCGUGACAUCACGAAGGGUGGCCGUGAUAAUAUUGGGGACAGCCGUGACAUCACCAAGGGUGGCCGCGAUAACACCGGGGACGGCCGCGACGUCACCGAGGGCGGCUGCGACACCACCGGGGACGGCUGCGAUGUCAUCAAGGGCGGCCGCGACAGCGCCAGGAAUGGCCCUGAUGUCACCGAGGGCGACCGUGACAUCACCGAGGGCGGCCAUGAUGAUAUUGGGGACAGCCGUGACGUCACCGAGAGCGGCCGUGAUAACACCAGGGACGGCCACGAUGUCACCGAGGGCGGCUGCGACACCACCGGGGACGGCUGUGAUGUCACCAAGGGAGGUGGUGACAUCACCAGGGACGGCCGUGACAUCGCCAAGGGCGGCCGUGACAUCACCGGGGAUGGCUGUGACAUCGUCAAGGGUAGCCGCGACAACAGCAGGGACGGCCGUGACGUCAGCAAGGGCAGCGAUGGCGUCACCAGGGAUGGCUGUGACGUCACCAAGGGCGGCCGUGACAUCACCGGGGAUGCCGGCGACAGCAGCAGGAGCACGCCGGUGACGUUUGGUGACACCUUAGUGACAUCAGGUGGCGCCGCGGUGACAUCCGGGGACUCCCCGCUCCCGUCUGGUGACGCCACGAUGACGUCUGACAUCGCGGCGACGUCCGGUGACGCCCCGGUGACACUCGGGGACCCCGCAGCGACGCUCAGCGCCGCCGCGGUGACGCGCGGUGACACCGGGGUGACGUGCGGCGCCGCCGCGGCGCCGCUCAACGACACGGCGGCGACGCUCGGGGACGCGGCGGUGACUUUUGAGGUCACCAAGGACCCUCCGGUCACCCCUGAAACCGCCCUCGGGGACAUCAAAGUCGUUCGCGGCGACAUCACGGCGCCCCUCGGCGCCGCCGCGAUGACGUCGCGGGUCCCCCGCCGCCUCCCCUUACUCCGAGCCCCGCGCUUCACGCCCGGCCCCGCCCACCUGCGCAUCUACCAAUCGCUGGGGGACGCCGACGCCGCCGUCGCUGACGUCACCGAGGGGGUCGCUGAUGUCACCCGCCGGCACCUUCCCCCCGCCAACCACCUCGCCCUGCCCCAGUUCCUCCCGAGGGCGCGGGACGCCGGUGAGGUCACGGCGGACGCCGGUGAGGUCACGGGGGACGCCGGUGAGGUCGCCGGGGAAGCCAAUGAGGUCACGGGGGCCGCCGGUGACAUCGUCGGUGACAUCGACCGCGUCUACAGCCUCCUCAGCCGCGCCAAGGUCCAGCUCUUCAGCAUCGGCCAGCGCCGCACCCCCCCGCCGUCUCCCGGGCCGGAGGAGGGGUGCAAGGAGCCGGAGGAGCCCGAGGGGGCACCCGGGGACCCUCAGGGUGGGGGGCAGGGUCCCCGCAUCAAGCACGUCUGCCGUCACGCCGCCGUGGCGCUGGGCCGGGCCAGGGCCACCGUCCCCGAGAGCGUCCCCCGCCUCAGCGCCCUGCCCCCCCCCCCCCGCGGGACCUCCCCCCACGAAGAGACCUCCUCAGCCUCGGAGGCCGAAGGAGGCCGAGCCAAACGAUCUCGGGGGGGACCCGAGGGCACCCCAAGGGGUACCCCCCCCCCCCCACCCAUCCGGCCCCCCACCCCGCCGCCCCCCCGGAAGAACCGGCAGGCGCGGUGCGGGCGCUGCCGAGGGUGCCGACGCCCCCAGGACUGCGCCGCCUGCCCCAACUGCCGCGACAAACCCAAAUUCGGGGGGCCCAACACCAAGAAGCAGUGCUGCGUGUACCGCAGGUGUGACAGGAUCGAGGCGCGCAAGCUGGAGCGGCUGGCCAGGAAAGGCCGGUGCCCCCCCCGCGUGACGCCGUGGGACUCGGAGGAGUCGGGGGAGGAGGGGACGGCGGGGGAGACGGCGGGGGACACGGCGGGGGACACGGGUGGGGGGGGGGACACGGGGGGGGGGGCGGACCCUCCCCCCACCCCCACCCCACGGAGAUCGGGGAGACGCUGCCUGCGCCCACGGCCACGCCCCUGCGCCCCCCCCGCCUCACCCCCCUCCGAGGGGGACACGGGGGGGGCACCCCACGAGGAGGUGCCCCCCGAGGCGGAGGAGCCCCCCCGGCCGCGCCGCGCCCCCCUCCAGCCCCUCCUGCAGCUUCGGGCCCGGCGACGGCACCCAAAGGAGUGGGGCCCCCCCGGCACCCUGGGGCCCCCCCAAAACGGGUGGUCGGGGAAGGGCCGGCCCAGCGACGGGGUGCACCGCCUGCGGGUCGACUUCAAGGAGGACUGCGCCCUGGAGAACGUCUGGCUCAUGGGGGGGCUCAGCAUCGUCUCCUCCGUCCCCGUCACCGCCCCCCUCGUCUGCCUCCUCUGCGCCAGCAAGGGCCUGCACGAGCUCGUGCUGUGCCAGGUGUGCUGCCAGCCCUUCCACGCCUUCUGCCUGGGGGUGGGGGAGGGGCCGGGCCCGGGCCAGGCCGAGGGUUGGUGCUGCCGGCGCUGCAAAACCUGUCACGUGUGCGGGAGGAGGGGGAGGCCCGCCAAGCCGCUGCUGGAAUGUUCCCGCUGCCGCCGCUGCUUCCACCCGGCCUGUCUGGGGCCCAGCGCCCCCCCCCCCGCCGCCACGCCCCCUGGCUGUGCUGGGGGUGCGCGCGGUGCCGGAGCUGUGGGGCGACGCCGGGACGGGGGGGGGAACCCGAGUGGGUGCCCCAGGACGGGCUGUGCCCCCCCUGCACCCGCCUCUGCCGGCCCGGGUGCUGCCCCGUCUGCACCCGCGGGGUGGGGGGGGGCACCCGCAAGGAGGAGGAGGAGGAGGAGGGGGGGGAGGAAGAGGAGGAGGAGGAGGAAGGCGAAGGGCGACCCCCCCGCUGCCCCCGCUGCCGCCGCCGCGCCCCCACCCAGCGCCCGGAGGAGGAGCGCUGGGAGCUGCGGGUGCUGCCGGGGGAGGGUGCUGCGGGGGCCCUGCAGGGGGCGCUGCGCAGGGUGCUGGGGGGGCUCCUGCGCUCCCCCCACGGCCCCCCCCUGCUCCGCUGCCAGCAGUGCCCCCCCGGGGGGGGGGGGAAGUUGCACCCAGGACCCUGCGACUUGGGUGCUGUCGGGGCCCUGCUGGAGGGCGGCCACUACAGCUCCGUGCAGGGCUUCAGCGAGGACGUGGUGGGGGUGCUGCUGCGGGGGGGGGGCGGGGGGGGGCCCCCCCGAUGACGACAGCGGCGGCGGCGCCCGGGAGCUCUUCAUCCAGCUGAUGGUGGGUGCCUUCCCCUGGUUUGACAUCCGGGACCCCAAACGCUGGCGGCCCCCCGGGACCGGGGGGGUCCCCAACGGGCUGCUCCCCCAGGCCGUGCUGCCCCCCUCGGCCGAUCACACCUACGCCCAGUGGCGCCCGGAGCCCCCCCAGCCCCCCGGCGCCCCGGGGGCGGAGCCAGCGGUGCCGAAGGCGGCGGGGGGGGGAGGGGCGGACGAGCGCCAGUGCGCCCUGUGCCUGCAGUGCGGGGACGCGCCCUGCCAGGAGGCGGGGCGCCUACUGUACAUCGGCCAGAACGAGUGGACCCACGUGAACUGCGCCCUCUGGUCGGCAGAGGUGUUCGAGGAGGGGGACGGCACCCUGCGCAACGUCCACGCCGCUGUCGCCCGCGGCCGCCAGAUGCGUUGCGAGCACUGCGGGCGCCCCGGGGCGACGGUUGGGUGCUGCCUGGCCGCCUGUUUGGCCAACUACCACUUCAUGUGCGCCCGGCGCCGCCGCGCCGCCUUCCAGCGCGACAAGAAGGUCUUCUGCCAGCGCCACACCCGCCUGCUGGAUGGCACCGAGCUGGUGAGGGACGAGGGCUUUGCGGUUCUGCGCCGGGUGUUCGUGGAUUUUGGGGGGAUCAGCCUGAAGCGGAAAUUCCUGGGGGGGCUGGAGCCCGAGGCCGUCAACAUGAUGAUAGGCUCCAUCCGCAUCGACAGCCUGGGGGCCCUGACGGAGCUGUCGGAGUGCGACGGGCGGCUCUUCCCAGUCGGCUACCAGUGCUGGCGGCUGUACUGGAGCACGCGGGACGCCCGGCGGCGCUGCUGGUAUCGCUGCCGCAUCCUGGAGCACCGGCCCCGCCCCCACCCCGACGGGGGGCCCCCGCCCGGGCACCCAGAGGAGAACCGGACCAUCGCCCACGGUGCCACCCCGGGGUCACCCGGCAGCGGGGGAGGGGACACGCCGCCCCCCCCCGAGGGCCAGCGGGGUCCCCCCAGCACCCGCCCGCGGGGACCCCCCACCUACUCACCCACCCGCCGCCCCCCCCCCAGGGAGCUCCUCCCGCCCCUCCCCUCCCCCGGCAGCGCCACCCCGGUGACGCGUCACAUCCUGACGGUUGGGGACCCCGAGUUCCCCCCGCCCCGACGGGCGCGGAGAGCUUUGUCACCCGCCGGCGUCACCCGUCGCUGUCCCCCGAGGCCACCGCCCCCGAGGCCACCGUCACCCAACGGGCCAACGUCACCCAUGGGACAAGAGUCAUCUCAAGAGCCAACGUCACCCAACGGGCCACCGUCAACCCCGAGGUCAUCGUCACCCGUGGGGCCACCAUCGUUCUUGGGUCAACCUUCAUCAACGAGGCCACCGUCACCCCUGAGGUCAUCGUCACCUACAGGGCCACCAUCAUUCUUGGGUCAACCUUUGUCAAGGAGGCCACUGUCACCCAACGGGCCACCGUCACCCAACAGGCUGCUGUCACCCAACGGGCCACCAUCAACUGCAAGGUCAUCGUCACCCGUGGGGCCACCAUCGUUCUUGGGUCAACCUUCAUCAACGAGGCCACCGUCAAGCCCGAGGUCAUCGUCACCUGUGGGGCCACCAUCGCUCUCGGGUCAAUGCUCGUCAACGAGGUCACCGUCCCCCAGGGGACAACGGCCACCGACGGCGCCACCGUCCCCUCUGGAGUCAUUGUCCCCUUCUGGUGGCCCGGACCUGGCCCUGGAUGAGUUGGACGUCACCGAACUGGCCUUGGCUGCCGGACUCUUGGGUGCCUCGGGGACACCGAUGGGUGACAGCAGCGAGGACGAGGAGGGUGGUGGUGGCACCACCCGUGGUGGCACCCGCGGGCGUUACUACCGUUUCGCCCGUACGGUGGUGACGCGGGAACCGUCGUCCCCGUGUCCCCUCCCCUUGUCCCACAUCGACCAGUUGGACGGGGUGGAUGACGGCGGGGACAAGGGACAACGGGGACAACGGGACGGGCCACCACCUGGGCCACCGUCGCGGCCACCCGCCGCCGAGGACCUUCCCUCCGACAUCGUGGACUUUGUUCUCAAGAACAUGACGGGAGAUGGCACCAAGGUCACGGUCACCCAGGCAUCCGGGAUGGGCGUCAACGGGGACAGCGGUGGUGGCACCCCAUGGGUCACCGAAGGGUCCAACCGACGUCCCGGCGGGGCACGGCUGUCCCAGGAUGGUCACCGAGGAGGUCCCCGCGGUGGUGGGGACGUCCGUGUGGGCGAUGGAGAUGGCGCCAACGCAGACGGCGCCCAUAGGCACGUCGGUGGUGGCCUCGUCGCCCGUGGAGAUGCCACCUGCGGAGACGUCACCCAUGGGAACGUCUUUGAUGGCCACGGCGCCCCUGGAGAUGCCACCCAUGGAGAUGUCACCCAUGGGAACGUCUUUGAUGGCCACGGCGCCCGUGGAGAUGCCACCCAUGGAGAUGGCACCCAUAAGCACGUCGGUGGUGGCCUCGUCGCCCGUGGAGAUGCCACCCGCGGAGACGUCACCCAUGGGAACGUCCUUGAUGGCCACGGCGCCCGUGGAAACGCCACCCGUGGUCACGUCAUUGGUGGCCCUGCCACCCGUGGCCACGUCACCGAUGGUCACCUCGCCCCUGGAGGUGCCACCAACGGCCACGCCACCCUUGGAGACGCCGCCCACCACAAUGGCACCCAUGACCUCUCUGACAGCACCCACGGGCGCGUCACCCGGCUCAGCGCCAGCCGUCACGGUGUCACCCCGGGCGAGGUCGGGGGACGCUGGGUGUCCCCGUGGGGCGUGACCGGGGCACCCAAACGUCCCGGGGAGACGCCGGGUCCCGGUGCCAAACGGGCGCGGCUGGAGGUCACCGGUGACGAGGGGGACGGCACCGAGGACAACCAGGCCACCAGGCCGGGUCAGAUCUCGGUGCCUCUGCCGCCGCUCCGGGACGUUCUCGACAUCAAGGAGGAGCCCGAUGACCUCAGCGACGGUGGGAGCUUCGGGUCCCCCCCGGGCCCGUCGCCCUCCCCCGCCUGCAGCCCCCCCCCAACGGACGGCACCCUGGAGCCCCCCUGGGCCGCCUGCGCAGGACAGCUCGGAGGACGAGUCCCCCCCCACCCCCACCCCCCCCUCCCCCCCGCCCGCCCCCACCUGCGCUUUGAGAUCAGCAGCGAGGACGGGCUGAGCGUCACCGCCGACACCAUCGAGGGAGCCUGGCGCGCCGUCACCGAGAAGGUGCAGGAGGCUCGAGCCAACGCCCGGCUGGGGCACCUCAACCUGGCCGGGAUGAGCGGGCUGCGGCUCCUCGGGGUGCAGCACGACGCCGUCGUCUUCCUGGUGGAGCAGCUGCCGGGGGCGGGGGCCUGUGGGCGCUAUCGCUUCCGGUACCACCCGCGCCGGGACCCCCCCCACCCGCCACCCCGCAACCCCUCCGGCUGCGCCCGCGCCGAGCUCUACCUGCGGAAGUGCACCUUCGACAUGUUCAGCUUCUUGGCGUCCCAGCACCGCACCCUCCCCCAAGGUCCCCCACCCCGUGAGGAAGAGGAGGACGAGGUGCAGCUCAAACCCACCCGCCGUGCCACCAGCCUGGAGCUGCCCAUGGCCAUGCGCUUCCGGCACCUCAAGAGAACCGCCAAGGAGGCCGUCGGCGUCUAUCGCUCGGCCAUCCACGGCCGGGGGCUCUUCUGCAAACGCAACAUCGAGGCCGGGGAGAUGGUGAUCGAGUACUCGGGGAUCGUGGUGCGCUCCGUGCUGACCGACAAGCGGGAGAAGUUCUACGACAGCAAGGGCAUCGGCUGUUACAUGUUCCGCAUCGACGACGCCGAGGUGGUGGACGCCACCAUGCACGGCAGCGCCGCCCGCUUCAUCAACCACUCCUGCGAACCCAACUGCUACUCCAGGGUCAUCCACGUGGAAGGUCACAAACACAUCGUCAUCUUCGCCCUUCGGCGCAUCCUCCGCGGGGAGGAGCUCACCUACGACUACAAGUUCCCCAUCGAAGAACCCGCCGCCAAACUCCCCUGCAACUGCGGCGCCAAACGCUGCCGCCGUUACCUCAACUGAGGGCCGAGCACCCUUGGGUGCUGGUGGGUCAAACCUCCCCCGCCUGCCGUCGCCGACCGAUAACCCGUUAACCGCCCCGUCCUGGUGAUGAUGAGGUGGUUCCAGAAGUUCCGGAGAUGCCUACAGGGAUGUUUUGGGUGCUGGGGGGCACCCGCGAGCCGUGGGGAGGUAGACCCGGAGGUGGCCGUGAAGUUCUGGAGAUGCCUACAGGCACCUUUGGGUGCUGGGGGGCACCCGCAAGCCACGGGGAGGAGAUCUAGAGGUGCCCGUUCAAGUUCUGGAGGUGCCCAUGGAAGUUCUGGAGAUGCCUACAGGGAUGUUUGGGUGCUGGGGGGCACCUGCAAGCCACAGGGAGGAGACCCAGAGGUGCCCGUGAAGUUCUGGAGAUGCCUACAAGCACCUUUGGGUGCUGGGGGGCACCCGCAAGCCAUGGGGAGGGGACCUAGAGGUGCCCAUGGAAGUUCUGGAGAUGCCUACAGGGAAGUUUGGGUGCUGGGGGGCACCCACAAGCCGCAGGGAGGAGACCCAGAGGUGCCCGUGAAGUUCUGGAGAUGCCUACAGGGAAGUUUGGGUGCUGGGGGGGCACCCGUUGACCGCAGGGACCUGGUGCAGAUGGGACCUAGAGGUGCCCAUGGAAGUUCUGGAGAUGCCUACAGGCGCUGGAGCACCCAUGGGUGACACAUGGGUGCUGAAGGGGGGGAAAGGGGGGGGGCACCCACCAACCGCAGGGAGCUGCUGGACCUGGGACCCGGAAGUCCUGGAGAUGCCUCCAGGCACCGUGGAGCACCCGUGGGUGACACAGGAGCACCCAUGGGUGCCGGGAGCACCCACAGACCAUGGGUGGAGCAGGGCGGGGGGUGGAGGGAGCCAGGGACGGGGGGGACAUGAGGAUCCUGGGGCCACCCAUGGGUGCUGGGGACCCCACAGGACACCCCCCCCCCCUCCCCCUCCCCCCAUGGGCCCGAUCCUGCCCCACACUUGUGGGGCUGAGCCCUCCCCCCCCCCCCCCCGGGGCCUUUGUAGAAUUUUGGGGCUUUUUCUACGCACUUUGGGGCUUUUCCGGGCGGUUUGGUCGGUUUUAUCGUUUGGGGGGGGUGGGGGUUGGUUUUGGGGGGGGGUU